GCUCUACCCAGCGCCGCGGUCUCGGCGGCACAGCAUGGCGGAGGAGAGCGGCGUCUGUAGCUUUGUGUUCAAGAAGCGGGUCCGGGCCGCGGGCAGCGGCCGGCGGAAACGGCCCGCCAGCGACCAGGAGCGGGAGAGCAGCGGGGAGGAGGGCAGCACCGUGGUGCGCAAGGAGCGGCGGCGGGACACCCCCAACCCCAUGAUCCAGAAGACCAGGCGCUGCACAAGGGAGAGGCCGGAAUACGCGCCGAGCAGCAGCGAGGAUGAGGAUCCUGCCAAGGAGAUCGGGGUCACCUACAAAUCCACCAGGUCGGCGAAACCUGUUGGCCCAGAAGACAUGGGAGCCACAGCAGUGUACGAACUGGACACAGAGAAGGAGAAGGAUGCCCAGGCCAUCUUUGAGCGCAGCCAGAAGAUCCAGGAGGAGCUGAGAGGAAAGGAAGACGAUAAAAUUUACCGUGGCAUUAACAACUACCAGAAGUACGUGAAGCCCAAGGACACAUCGAUGGGAAAUGCCUCCUCAGGAAUGGUGAGGAAAGGCCCGAUCCGAGCUCCGGAGCACCUGCGGGCCACGGUGCGCUGGGACUACCAGCCCGACAUCUGCAAGGACUACAAGGAGACGGGGUUCUGCGGCUUCGGGGACAGCUGCAAGUUCCUGCAUGACCGCUCAGACUACAAGCACGGCUGGCAGAUCGAACGGGAGUUGGACGAGGGCCGCUACGGCGUCAACGACGACGAAAACUACGAGGUGAGCAGUGAUGAAGAGGACAUGCCUUUCAAGUGCUUCAUCUGCAGAGGUUCCUUCAAGAACCCCGUGGUCACCAAGUGUCGGCAUUACUUCUGUGAGAGCUGUGCCCUGCAGCACUAUCGCAAAUCCCAGCGCUGCUACGUCUGUGACAAGCAGACCAAUGGGGUCUUCAACCCCGCAAAAGAGCUUAUGGCAAAACUGGAAAAACACAAAGGGGAGGAAGAAGAGGAGCAACGGUCAGACCAAGAAGAGGAUCCACAGUAGCAGAAGACAUUUUGUACAUAACUGAAUAAAGCUUUUGUAGGAGGAAAAAAA